GAUAGAUAAUUAAUGUCGAUUGUCGGUAUGGUUUGAUGUGAACGAGGAAGCCGGUUUUAUUCCUCGUCGCUAUUAAUAUACUACAAAAUAAGUCAACAGUUGUUUAAAAAAUGGCUCGACCAAGACACUACUCGAAAUCUGGAGAAUCACUGUACGAGCUGCUUGGAAUUCCCAAGGCUUCCACUUCAGAUGACAUCAAGAAAGCUUACAGGAAGCUUGCACUCAGAUUUCACCCGGACAAAAACCCAGACAAUCCUGAUGCUGUUGAAAAGUUUAAAGAAAUCAACAGAGCGCACAAGAUACUUAUGGAUUCGACGCGCAGAGGAAUCUAUGAUCGGUACGGGUCGCUGGGUAUCUAUGCAGCAGAACAGUUUGGGGAGGAAAAUGUCAAUACUUACCUUGUCCUCACAAGCGGCUGGUGCAAGGCUCUGGCCGUUGUCUGUUGUUUCUUGACUGGCUGCUACUGCUGCUGUUGCUGCUUCAUGUGCUGCAACUUCUGCUGCGGAAAGUGUCGGCCUCAGCCUCCGGAGGACGAAGGGGAAUAUGCCAAUCUACAUGCUAACCAAGACUUACCUGUAAACACCACCAGAGAAGAAAGGGAAGAAGAAAGCAGCACACCUGAUGCAUCUCCCGUGACCACGCAGCCAGAAGGAUCGUCUGGGUUUAACGAAAGUCACGCCAUCCCGAUGCCUGCACCGACAGAAUCGACAACUCUUAGCGCAGAAAAUAAACCAACGUAUGGCUCCGAGGAGGGGAGUUGACGAGAACGCUCGCCCGACACCGACGCCACACACUGAAAACGAUUCCAUUACCUGUACUCCGUGUAGUUCUCCAUCACUGUGCAAUCACACACACACGAGAACUGCUGCAUCCCGGGUGAUUCUCUUGGUGAUAGAACUGUAAUAGUAAUUUGUAUAGAAAUUUUCUGAGAGGUCGUAUUGGUUGAAGAGUGUAGUUUUUUUUUAGUUGUUUUUUUAAACAAUAUUUUUUUUUAUUAUUAUUUUUUUUUUUUUUUUAAACAAUACUUGUUAAAGAGACUGUCCUGAAUUUGCUGCUGUUGUAACAUG